AUAUGUACAUGUAUAGCACCAAAGGUAUAUACAUAGACAUGUAUCACAGCUGAUCGCUCGGUCAGUGAACUCGCGGGUAGGUUAAGAUUUUGAUAAAUAAUUUAAUGUCAUAAUUGGUGGUAGUUUUAACUUGUCUCUCGAAAUAUAUCUUCUAAUACGAACGGACGUGCAUUUGCCUUUUUAUUAGUUAUCCCAGGUUCCCGGCUCCUAUAUAUCUCAUUUGGCGACGAAUUCGGACAAUUAAGCGUGCGGCAGUGAAAGGACAGUGUUAUAAUGUCGAUUGGAAAGUUGCAACCGUUUGAUCCUAGCGCGGACGAUUGGGCGUUGUAUGUGGAUAGGUUAGAACAGUAUUUCAUUGUGAAUAGCGUAACGGAUGCAUUGAAAGUGCCUACGUUAAUUACAGUGAUGGGCAGUGCAAGUUACGAGUUAUUAGUGACAUUGUGUACGCCGGACAAACCUUCAACAAAAAAAUUUGAAGUGUUAAAAGAACUGAUGACUAAUCAUUUACAGCCUAAAAGGAGCAUAAUGGCGGAACGUUACAAAUUUCGUCAACGAAUACAAAAAAAAGGCGAGUCGUUGGCGGUCUAUGUCGCGGAUUUAAAGAAGAUGACUCAAUAUUGUGAUUUUAAAACGGAACUGGAAAAUAAUCUACGGGAUCAAUUUGUGUGCGGCAUAGCGGACGAUACUAUUAGGCAGAGGUUGUUCGUAGAAGAUGGAUUGACAUUCGCCAAGGCUUGGAAGCUGGCGGUUGCCAUGGAGGCAGCAGAGAAAGACGCAGCGGCGGUCGAUAGUAGGACGCGCGGCACUAGUAAAGAGGUUGUGGAAGUGCUAUAUGCAUCGGCCAGCGGCAGCGGGGCCAGAAGACAGGGCUCGUCGGGGGCCUGGAGGUCUAACGGGGCAAGCCAGGCAGCGGGGCGCAGCAAGGCGGCACCGCAGGCAUGGGGCGGACGCGCACAGGCGAAGCCGGCGCCCGUGGCGGGAGCGGCAUCGGCAGGAGCGCCGCGCGCUCGCGAGCAGGGCCAGUGUCGUGCUUGUGGCGGCAAUCAUGACGCGGCGACUUGCAAAUUCCGCAUGUAUUCUUGUCGCGUAUGCAUGCAACAAGGUCAUUUAAAGAAGAUGUGUCCCCGACUACAAACCGGAGCUAGAGUGCAUGCGUUGGACGCGAACGAGGAGGACGAGGAGGAGUUGUUGAACGAGGUACAAUUGAACGCUUUAUCUGUAGGCAGUUUAAGUCGUUAUAAGCCGUUUAUGAUGACAUUGGACGUUAACGGAAUAGGUUUAGAAAUGGAAGUUGACACCGGUAGUGCCAUUUCAUGUAUAAGUCUUGAAUGCUAUCAAAAAUUAUUUAAUAAUCUACCUAUUUUAACACCUAAUGUAUUAGUUAACUUAUACGCAGGAGAAAGUUUACGCCCGGUCGGUAAAAUUACUCCAAUAGUUAAAUAUAAAAACAAAGAGAUAUCUUUAGAUUUAUUCGUUAUAGAUGGGGGCAAAAACCCAUUGUUAGGAAGACAAUGGCUGUACGAGUUGACAAUGGGCGUGGAGCCGUUUAGUUGUAACAAAAUUGAUACCAAAUUGGAACUUACUAUGGAUUCAUUGAUUUCUAGGUAUAAGGAUGUAUUCGCGGACGGGCUCGGGCGGUACACAGGCGGCACGGUGGCGCUGCGCGUGCGCUCGGGCGCCGCGCCGGUGUACAUGCGAGCGAGGCCGCUGGCGUACGCGCUGCGUGCGCCGGUGGAGCGCGCGCUGGACCAGCUGCAGCGGGACGGCAUUAUUACGCCGGUCGAGACGUCAGACUGGGCCACGCCGAUAGUACCGGUAAUUAAGCGUGAUGGAGGUAUUCGCAUUUGUGGCGAUUAUAAAUUAACACUCAACAGAUGCUUAGAAGUUGACCGUUUUCCCUUGCCUAGAGUUGAGGACCUGCUUGUCAAAUUACACGGGGGGGAAACGUUUUCAAAAAUUGAUUUGUCUCAAGCCUAUGCACAAUUCGAAUUGGACGAGGCAUCUAAACCUUAUACCGUAAUCAACACGCAUAAAGGCUUGUAUAUGUAUAAUAGGCUGAUCUAUGGGCUAUCAUCGAGCCCGGGAAUAUUUCAAAGGAAACUAGAACAACUUUUCGCAGACUUACCGCGAGUAGGCGUUUUCCUUGAUGACGUAAUUAUAACGGAGUAGACAGGGAAGAUCAUUUGCGUACAUUACAUCAAGUGCUAGGACGCCUCGAGAAAUUUGGGUUGAAAGUUAAGAAAGAAAAAUGCUCUUUCUUCGCGGAAUCGGUGACGUA